AUGAGCCCAGCAUCAACUCCUCCGAGCGCUAAGCCUGCUCCACCCCUCACACGCUCGAAGGCGGCAAUUCGCAGUUCCAGCGGUGGUGAAGCCCACGAUGGGAGCAGCGAAGAACCAGCUGCCACUGAGGAAGGCCAGCGUGGUAGCGCCGACAAGCGCGCUGGGAACAAGGCUGUGGGCUCUGCCGACGACGGCGCGCGCCUCCACAGCGGCAAGAUGCGUGCCGAUGGCCGCGUAAACGGCCGUGAAGAUGCCGGCUCCAAGCCCCAGGCCUCCAAGAAGCGCGGCAAAGGCCGCGCCAACAGCGGUGGUGGUGAUGUCGGCGCCGGAGGGGGGGGGCAGGUCGCCAAGAAGCGAGGCAAAGCCCGCGCAAGUAGCAGCGCUGGCGGCGCAUCGAAGCGCCAAGGUGGCAAGAAGCCUGCGGUGUCCCCUGGCACGAAACGUACCGAGGGCCGCGUGACCAGCAGUCAAGGCGCUGAUGUUGGGAGCCUCGGCAGCAACAAGCGGGUGGAAGACCAAGCAACCGGCGGUGGUGAUGCCGUGAGCCCAGGCAGUGUGGAAGACACCGAUCACCCUAGCACCGAGAGGCCUGUCGAGGCUGGUGUCGGCAGCUCAGAGGUCGCCGCCGAAGCCUCAGGCGGGAGAAACUGCACAUGCAGAUGA